AUGAAUCGAUAUGCAGAUAUUGAUCUUGAAGAGAAAAGACUUCCACCUAUUUAUGGUUAUUGGAGUCAUCCAUUGGUUUCACUUGAAGAAGCUUUAAAACCCAUUAUACCAACAAUCGAUCAAUUGUCACGGUAUAUUCAAGUUGCAAAACAACAUUGUCAUUUUCCAUCAGAACAUGGUCUCACUCGAGAUGAAUCAGCUGCUGUAUUUUUGUAUACAAUGGAAUGGGGCGAUAAAAGUUUCUAUCGAGUUUUUAAUCAAGCAGUACGAUCUAAAGAUAGACGUGGAUUAACACCAUGGUUCGCCUUUCUCAAAUUGUUUGAUACGGCACUUAGUAAAUUACCUAUUGUUAAAAAAAAUGUUUGGCGUGGUGUAACUGGUGAUUUAAGUAAACAUUUUCGAAAGGGAAAAGAAUUAAUUUGGUGGAGUGUAAGUUCUUGUUCGCCAUCAGUCGAUGUUAUCAAGACAUUUCUUGAUAAUAAUUCAACUCUUUUUAUGAUUGAAGCUCUAAAAGGUAAGGAUAUUUCUAGCUAUACAAGUUUUCCUGACGAACAGGAAGUUCUAUUGGGUUUGGGAACUCGAUUACGUGUCGAAAGUAAUGCAUUGGAUCAUCCUGGUGGUUUACAUGUAAUACAUUUAAUAGAGAUUAAUGAUAAUAGUGGUGAAGAAUUAUCAUCUGCUAUGGCUCAGACACACAUUGAACCACCAAUCGAUAUUAAGAAGAAAUCUAGUAAAUAUCAAAUAUAUUUUAUAUUAAAUAAGAGAUCUUAG